UUCUAGAUUAUUUUUCCCUAUGGAUGAAGCCAUUAUGGACCUAGCAGAUAACAUCUGGCAGACUCCAGUUUCCAUUACUCCAACAAAAAAGAGGGCUGACCGCAAGUAUUUCACUGCGCCAAAAGGGAUGAACUUCCUCUUUACCCACCCCUCACCAAAUUCGUUAGUAGUUCAUUCUGUCAGCCAUACGGCUAGGCAGCCCAACAUCAGGUCCACACCGCAGGAUAAAGACCACAAAAAAAUGGACAUCAUGGGUUGUAAGGUUUACUCCUCUGCCACCUUGCUCCUCAGAGCAGUGAAUUAUACCGCUAUGCUCACAGACUAUGACCAUUCCAGUUAUUCAAAACUGCAACAUUUACCAGAACACAAAAGACCGAUACUUCUUAGCAUCAUGCAGGAGGGCCACACUGUUUCUCGCACUGCCCUACAGUCCGCAAUGGACAUAGCAGACACUGCGGCCCACAUAACAGCGUCAGCCAUCAUGAUGCACAGGAUUUCAUGGCUCCAGGCAUUCGGGGUCCUGAGAGAUCUGCAGCAGAAAGUCGAGGACUUGCCCUUUGACAAGAUUAAUCUGUUCACUGCUAAGACCGACGAGGUAUUGCAUUCCAUGAAGGACUUCCAUGCUGCCCUCAGAACCCUGGGAAUGUAUACUCCCCCAUUCAAAAGGGCAAGGGCCAUACAGGCAACAGACCAUGUAUGA